AUGGCGAUGCAAUCUGGAAUUGGGUUAUCGAAGAUUUUGGUUUUAGCUGGAGCAGGUUAUACAAGUACGAUUCUUGUCAAGAAUGGAAAAAUGGCUGAUAUUUUGGGAGAGUUACAGGCUUUUGUUAAGCGAUUUGAGAAAUCCGGAGCUCAUUUAGAUGAUGAUUCUGAUGUUAUGACUACUGAGAUGCAACGUUUAGCUAUGGAAGUUCGGCAAUAUGCUUCGAACCGGCAGAUAACUGUUGUGAAUGGAGCUCAGGGAGCUGACUUUACCCCGUUAAUACUACCGGCAGCGACAUUGGGAGCUAUAGGUUAUGGAUACAUGUGGUUCAAGGGGAUUUCAUUCUCUGACAUCAUGUGUGUAACAAAGAGGAACAUGGAAAAUGCAGUGGCGAACUUGACAAAGCAUUUGGACACCGUAUCAGAAGCUAUUUUGAAUGCUAAGAAGCACUUGUCCCAGAGGCUUCAGAAGGUGGAUGAUAAGCUGGAUUUGCAGAAGGAUCUCUUAAAGGGAGUCCAGGAUAAUGUGGGUUUGGCUCUUGAGGAUCUUGCUAACAUUGGAGAUAAUUUUGAAGCAAUGCAUGCCAUGUGUGGUGGUAUGGGUGGAAAAUUAGAUAGCAUUGAGUACAAGCAGAAUAUUGCGAAUUUGGGUUUAAUGUAUCUAUGCGACACUAUCGGUGGAGAAAAUCACAAGAUGCCGGAUAUUCUGAUUCAGGAGAAACUUCGACUUUCUGGGAAGUCAAACCCAUAUAUAGUAAUUACAAACGAAGAAACUUCUAGCUCGGAGGUUUUAAAAGAAAGCGAUAAGAUAGAGCUACUAGACGGCUGA